CUGUGAAAGAAGAUUGUUGGUGAUUUGACUGAGUACGAUUUUCUAUUAAAGCAAGAAUUUUUCAAACUCGGAAUUUUAAACAAAAUAGAUUUUCAUAAUGCACUAUGGGCUAUUUUGGGGUAGGAAAUGCCUCUAAAUCUAAAAGUGCCAGGAAACCGAUUGUAAAAAAGCUGUACAUAACUGUAGCUAUUUUAAUUAUAUUCAACUUGAUAUUUUUCUACAAUCCAUUAAAAUCCAGGGACAUUAGCAUUUCCGAUAAUUCAGACGAUAAUGAAUAUGAAGAUAGCAAUUUUCCAAUCGAGCUAUCCAAAAACUCUCUCCAACUGAUCCAGUACCCUGCAGGGACACACCCUGUGUACAGAAAAUGGAACAGUAAUAUAAAUCUGAACAACAGACCAAAAAAAAUUUUGAUAUGGAAUGCAUACUGGGAAUCCACAGCCAUGUGGCACAAAAUAUUUUACGAAAUCGUAUACAAACAAUGUCCUCAGUCUAACUGCGUCAUGACUGUCGAUAAGAACGAGUUGGAUCAUGCAGACGCAGUUCUUUUCCAUUUAAUUGACAUUGCAAAAGAAAAUUACACGUUUCCUGCUAAUCGAAAUCCAGAUCAAGUAUGGAUUGGAAUGACAUACGAGCCACCCUACAUUCUUAAAUUCAGCAACCUCAACUUUACCAGGCUGAAUGGAAUAUUCAAUCGAACAAUGAGCUACCGAUCUGAUUCCGAUGUUGUCGUACGCCACGGAACCUACGUCAAAGUUGUCGGAGAUAUCCAAGCAUAUCCAAACUAUAUGUCGGACUGGAUUGGUUCCCAUAAAGUAUCACCAGAGAAAAACUAUGCGGAGGGGAAACGACGUCUCAUUUCUUGGUUUGCCAGCUCCAGAGGAUGCAAAAGUCAGAGUCGGCGUGAGAAGUAUGUCAAGGAAUUGCAGUCUUACAUUCCCGUCGAUAUUUUUGGAGCUUGUGGUCCCUUCAAGUGUGGAACACAAAAAACCAUGAGAAACCCGUAUAAAGUGGAACAUGAUGAUUGCUAUCUUCUUGUGAGUGUCGCCUACAAAUUUGUCUUGGCAGCGGAAAACUCGGUGUGCGAAGACUAUGUCACUGAAAAAUUAUACAACCAUUUGAAGCUUAAUGUAGUCCCAGUUGUGUACGGGGGUGCAGAUUACAAUAAGUAUGCUCCACCAAACUCUUUUAUCGAUGCUUCAAAAUUUUCGCCAAAAGAAUUGGGAGAAUAUUUACUACUUCUGGAUAAGAAUGAUACCCUGUACAAUCAAUAUUUUGAGUGGAAGCAAAAUUAUUACAUUGCUUCACAUGACGGCGUUCCCCUGGCGUGCGACUUGUGUGAGCAGUUACACAAUCCAAAUUGGCUUUUAGAGAGGAAAGUCUAUGAACACUUUGAUGAGUGGCUGGAAAGUGGAUGCCGCAAAGGAUGGUAUGCACAACCUUCGCAAUAAUCUACCCAGAAGUUGAAGGCCACUUGAACAACAACAGUAUCAUAGGCUGCAAAACUAAGGUACUGGACGUGAAGGGGCAGUGGAUCAACCCAGUGGAGCAACGGGAUUUCACUCCCUUCGUGGUACACCAACAAUUCUCCGUUCUUCCUG